AUGUCGUCGCAUGAGCCCGAGCCGUAUUCGCCGAGUCCGGAGCCCCUCUCGGAGGACGAGAUGGACUUUGAAGACAAUGGCCUCCGUUUCGAUGGAAUUCCCCAGGGCCUGGAGAAGAUAUGCGACUACGCAGAGGGCGGACAUCAUCCUGUCUCCCUCAAUGACCGGUUGGGUGACCACAGACAGUUCCAAGUCAUCCACAAGCUGGGCAGUGGUGGCUACGCGAGCGUCUUGCUCUGCCGUGUUCUUGAUGCGAAUCCAUCCCAGUAUAUCGCAUUGAAAAUCCUAAUGGCCGAUUCCUCGGGUGCAGACUGCCCGGAAAGGACCAUAUUGCAAUUCCAGGAGCUUGUACAAGACGAGCCCACUGUCGCAAAAUACUUCUCUCUUCCCUUGCACCAGUUCCAGAUCGACGGCCCAAACGGCACCCACCUGUGCUUCGUCUACCCACUCGCAGGCCCUGCGAUUUGUCCCAACCACACAAGGACAGAUGAUCCUACGGAAAUGCUGCGAGGGGUAUCGUGCCAGGUUGCCGAGGCCAUGGCUAUCAUUCAUCGCUUUGGGUUUUGUCACGGAGAUUUUCGACCAGCAAAUAUACUGUUCCGCACCCAUGAUAUUAAUGGGCUGACAGAGGACGAGCUGAUGCAGUACCUUGGCGACCCUCGUAUCACAAAAGUCGUGACGGCGUCUGGCGAGGCAUCAGCCGACCAGAGGGCUCCUCCCUAUCUUGUGUAUCCAGUUUUGUGGCCCUCUGGGAACAGCUCACUCGUCUCUAAUCAAAUAUCCGUCAUCGACUUCGGAGAGGCAUUCACGAUGACCGAUCCCCCGGAGGACCUUGGGAUUCCUCUUGACUUCGCCGCACCGGAAACAUUGUGCGGCGAUCAACCCGGCCCCACUAGUGAUAUAUGGGCUCUUGCCUGCACACUCUUCGAAAUAAGGACGGGCUCGAGGUUAUUCUCACUAGUGGAUCACAGCGAAGAUACUUACAUACCUCUCGUUAUUGAAACGCUUGGUCAGUUUCCCGACGAAUGGUGGUCUAAAUGCCUGGAUUGCAUGGAAUACCCCCCGGACGAACCUUUCAAACCAACAGGCAACCCGGACAGUAAUAUACGGAGUAAACUGAAAAGGCCGGUCUUUCACCUUCCUGUAGAAGCCGGCUCAACUAUCCACAAACGUGUCUUCAUCCGGGAAGAGGAGCAGGAGCUGUUUGCGGACCUCUUGGAAAGCAUGUUUCAGUACGAUGUAGCGAAAAGACCCUCGGCUGAGGAGGUGUUACAGCACCCGUGGUUCUCCUUCAUCUCCAGGGGUAGCUGA